AUCUCUUCUUCUUCUUCUUCUUCUUUCUCUGUCUCUUUCUUUUGGUGGUUUCUUGCGUUUCUUCUCUAGAAACCAUUAAGAUUCAAAUAUGUCUACUGCUUGCCAGCUUUUCUUCCACCCUCUAACUGCUUAUUCAUCUGUUCUUAGCUUAGAAGUUGUUGUUUCUGCAUGCCUUCUCUUCAUGGUCUUUGGGUCCUGGUUUGCACCAGGUGGGUUUGCUUGGGCUUUCUCGAAAACUAAAGCUCGAAUGGCGAUCCCUGGACCAUCUGGGCUUCCUCUCUUUGGGUUGGUAUUCGCCUUCACUGGUCCUGUGACUCAUCGGGUUCUUGCUAAACUCUCCCAAGGGUUCAAUGCCCUUCAGCUCAUGGCCUUCUCCGUGGGUUUCACUCGUUUCAUUGUAUCAAGUCACCCCGAAACUGCUAAAGAGAUUCUCAACAGUUCUGCCUUUUCAGAUCGACCCAUUAAGGAAUCUGCUUAUGGGUUGCUCUUUCACCGAGCCAUGGGUUUUGCGCCCUUCGGUGAGUAUUGGAGGAACUUAAGGAGAAUCUCUGCUACUCACUUGUUCAGUCCCAAGAGAAUCGCUGGCUUCGGGACUUCCCGGAGUGAAAUCGGUUUAAAAAUGGUGGAGGAGAUCAAGAAUUCUAUGAUGUUGAAGGGAGAGGUGGAGAUAAAGUCGGUUCUGCAUUAUGGAUCGCUCAAUAACGUGAUGAUGAGUGUGUUCGGGCGGUGUUAUGAUUUCAAGAACGGUGGAGAUGGGGUUGAGCUUGAGAAACUUGUCAGCGAAGGCUAUGAGUUGCUUGGGAUCUUUAACUGGAGCGAUCAUUUUCCCGUUCUUGGUUGGUUGGACUUGCAGGGUGUGAGGAAACGAUGCCGAAAUCUUGUCUCGAAGGUGAAUGUUUUUGUGGGAAAGAUAAUUGAAGAGCACAGGGGAAGAAGGGUUAACGGGUUUCUGAGUGAUGAGAGCGUUGGUGAUUUCGUUGAUGUUCUUCUGGACCUGGAGGAGGAGGACAGGCUUAGUCAUUCGGACAUGAUUGCUGUUCUUUGGGAGAUGAUAUUCAGAGGAACCGAUACGGUAGCCAUUCUUCUGGAGUGGAUUAUUGCAAGAAUGGUGCUACACCCAGAAAUCCAAGCCAAAGCCCAAUCCGAAAUAGAUGCUGUUGUGGGCACCACUCGUACCGUAUUAGAUUCUGAUCUGCCGAACCUCCCUUACCUGCAAGCCAUUGUGAAGGAGACCCUGAGAAUGCAUCCCCCUGGUCCCCUUCUCUCAUGGGCUCGUCUGGCUGUCCAUGAUGUCCACAUUGGUAACUACUUCAUCCCUGCAGGAACAACUACAAUGGUGAACAUGUGGGCUAUAACCCAUGAUGAAGCUAUAUGGUCAGAGCCCAAUAAAUUCAACCCCAACCGAUUCACUGAAGAGGAGGUGCGCAUUAUGGGUUCUGAUCUCAGAUUGGCUCCAUUUGGAUCAGGACGAAGGGUUUGUCCUGGGAAGGCAAUGGGGCUGGCUACUGUGCAGCUUUGGUUGGCACAGUUGCUUCACAAUUUCAAAUGGGUUCCAUCUCCUGGAGGUGUGGACUUGUCUGAGUCCCUGAAGCUUUCACUCGAGAUGAAGAAUCCAUUAAUCUGUGGUGCUGUUCCGCGGAUUCCAUGAAGCUUUUGGGCUCUGGGGUUUUUUCAUUUUUAGGCGAUGGAAGGAAACGGUUAUUCUCCUUGUAAUUGUUGGAUUAUGAUUGGAGAUUAUGUUUAGUGAAGAAAAGACCCCUUUUAGUUUAGGUUUUCUUGUUUUGUGGCUUUUGGUUCAAAAGAGUUGGUUGGUCCAGAUCUGAUGUGGCGAUUUGGCCCAGGUUAGGCUAAUGUCUCUCUUGCCUAUUUUACCAUAGAAGAAAAAGUUGGGUAGAUCAGUAGAUGUUUCAUUUUAUAUAAUGCUUACAUGGUCUGUUUUUUAUUUUUUUUAUUUUCUUGUGUAUUUCUCUCUUUAAUAUGAUGGCAAAUGCAGGAUAUAGUCCUGCCUUUAA